AUGCCGCUAUGCCAACGGAUGCAGGAGAGACGGACGCAGGGAGCUGCAGAUCCAAAUGCCAUCCCCCUUCAUUCAAAUAGUUGCAAAGGUUUCUCAGCAAGGACGGAGCUCUCGAGAGGUGGUUCCUCCUUGCUGCCACCCUUCGACUUCUUAGAAAACAGCCAGUACUUCAGCACAGCUGCCCCAGUGCAGCUGGCCCCGGCAGGCCAUUGGCGAGAAGUCAGGGCAUUUCCUGCACUGCACGUUUGCUGUGGUCCCGCCGAAACCAAAGCCUAUGCGAGUUCUGAGGAGAGACUUCCCAGGGGCGAAAGGCCUCGUGCAGGCGGCCCUGCUGCUGCGGGAGAAAAUCUCUUCUCCCCAAAUGUGAACCUGGCCUCUCAGGUGCCGCAGCCAACGCGGAGCCCACAGUUGGAUAAAGUGAGCCUACUGUCAGCCUUCCUCGCUCCCUUCAAGCACCCGAGUCCUGGCACCACAAACACAGAGGAUGAAGACACCCUGAGUACCAGCAGCGCCGAGGUGAAGGAGAACCGCAACGUGGGCAACCUGGCGGCGCGGCCGCUGCCCCCCGGGGACCGGGCCCGGGCGGGCGCACCUGGCGCGAAGAGGAAGCGGCCGCUGGAGGAGGGGAACGGGGGCCGCGUGUGCAAACUGCAGCUGGUUUGGAAGAAGCUGUCGUGGUCGGUGGCGCCCAAGAACGCGCUGGUGCAGCUGCACGAGCUAAGGCCGGGCCUGCAGUACCGGACGGUGUCGCAGACGGGCCCGGUGCACGCCCCGGUCUUCGCAGUGGCCGUGGAGGUCAACGGGCUCACGUUCGAGGGCACCGGGCCCACCAAGAAGAAGGCCAAGAUGCGCGCGGCCGAGCUGGCGCUCCGGUCCUUCGUCCAGUUUCCCAACGCCUGCCAGGCGCACCUGGCCAUGGGCGGCGGCCCCGGCCCCGGCACGGACUUCACCUCCGACCAGGCCGACUUCCCCGACACGCUCUUCCACGAGUUCGAGCCCCCGGCGCCGCGCCCCGGCCUCGUGGGAGGCCGCCCUGGGGACGCCGCGCUGCUCUCCGCAGCCUACGGGCGGCGGCGGCUGCUGUGCCGCGCGCUAGACCUGGUGGGCCCGGCCCCGGCGGCCCCCGCGACCCCCGCGGCCCCGGGCGAGCGCAACCCGGUGGUGUUGCUGAACCGCCUGCGCGCGGGGCUGCGCUACGUGUGUCUGGCGGAACCGGCCGAGCGGCCGCGUGCGCGGAGCUUCGUGAUGGCCGUGAGCGUGGACGGCAGGACGUUCGAGGGCUCGGGGCGCAGCAAGAAGCUGGCCCGGGGUCAGGCCGCGCAGGCCGCGCUGCAGGCGCUGUUCGACAUACGGCUGCCGGGACACGCGCCCAGCAGGGCCAGGAGGAUGCCGCUGCCGCAGGAAUUCGCAGACUCCAUAUCCCAGCUGGUCACAGAGAAGUUCCGAGAGGUGACGAUGGACCUCACACCCGUGCAUGCCCGCCACAAAGCACUGGCAGGAAUCGUCAUGACCAAAGGCCUGGACGCGCGGCAGGCGCAGGUGGUGGUCCUGUCCUCGGGGACCAAGUGCAUCAGCGGCGAGCACCUCAGCGACCAGGGGCUGGUGGUGAACGACUGCCACGCGGAGGUCGUGGCCCGGCGGGCGUUCCUGCACUUCCUCUACACGCAGCUGGAGCUGCACCUGAGCACGCGGCGCGAGGACUCCGAGCGAUCAAUCUUUGUGCGGUUAAAAGAAGGCGGCUACCGGCUGCGGGAAAACAUCCUCUUCCAUCUCUACGUGAGCACCUCCCCCUGCGGAGACGCGAGACUCCACUCCCCCUACGAGAUCACCACAGACCUGCACAGCAGCAAACACCUGGUCAGGAAGUUCCGCGGGCACCUGCGCACCAAGAUCGAGUCUGGGGAAGGGACAGUCCCCGUGCGCGGUUCCAGCACAGUGCAGACCUGGGACGGCGUCCUGCUGGGGGAGCAGCUGGUCACCAUGUCCUGCACUGACAAGAUCGCCAGGUGGAACGUCCUGGGGCUGCAGGGUGCGCUCCUGUCCCACUUCGUGGAGCCUGUAUACCUGCAGAGCAUCGUGGUGGGCAGCCUGCACCACACGGGCCACCUGGCACGCGUCAUGAGCCACCGCAUGGAGGACGUCGGCCAGCUGCCCACCUCCUACCGGCACAACCGGCCUCUCCUCAGUGGCGUGAGUGAUGCCGAGGCGCGCCAGCCAGGGAAGUCGCCCCCCUUCAGUGUGAACUGGGUGACAGGCAGCACAGACCUGGAGAUGAUCAACGCCACCACCGGGCGGAGGAGCUGUGGGGGCCCAUCCCGGCUCUGCAAGCACCUGUUCUCUGUGCGGUGGGCGAGGCUGUACAGCAGGCUGAGCACACGGACACCCAGCCCCAGAGACACGCCAUCCAUGUACUGUGAGGCCAAGCUGGGGGCGCACACCUACCAGGCGGUGAAACAGCAGCUGUUCCGGGCCUUUCAGAAGGCUGGCCUGGGCACCUGGGUGCAGAAGCCUCCGGAGCAGCAGCAGUUUCUACUGACUCUCUAGGCUGUGGGCUCCUGGCCACUGGAGCUGACCCAGAUGCUGGAGGGACAGGCCGUGUCUGUGGGGCGACGUGGCAGGUCGGCCGGUUCCCUGCAUUCGUUUUUCUUUGGUGUUCCAGAAACAUACGAGUGUGCAAUGUGUGGAGGAGCAAUGAGACUGGAAUUCAGAACACACCUCUUCCCAGAUAGCUGGCCCCAGACCCUGUCCCCACACCCAGGGACACACGCUGUGGAGUUGGCGCCGAGGCUCCUGUGGCAUCCGAGGGAGGGGCUCCAUUCAGGCGAAGGGGGCUCAGCUGCAGCCUUGGAAGGAGGCGCCAGCGUGUGUCAGGCAGGAGGGAGCCUCGGCCUGUCCCUGCACCCCACCCCUGUGUGCACCUCUCAGCCACGUUCAGGUCUCACUAGCACAGGUUUAUGGGGCACAUGAAGAUAAGCCACAAACAGAGAGAAAAGCCAUGCCCAUCCAGCCCCAGAGAAACCAAUAAGAAUCCUCAAUUAUUUUCAUUAUUCAUUUCGUUUUUUUUACUCCACCUCCUUUCAAAAAAGAUUUAAGAUGCAUAUCAUUAAAGAACACCUAGAAUAGAACCCGAGAAAUGAAAGCCGUUCCUGCACAGCGAAGGAACGGUUCCCAAAGCGCUCACAAGCCCUCGUGAAGACCUGUGAUGUGGGGAGCCCUCUAAGCACCUGCCCACUGCGCCCUGCAGAGCCGCCCAUGCCUGUUGAGCCCGUCAGAGCAUGUGGUUUAUUUUGGCAGACACGGAGCACCACUGAGGCUCAGCUGUGAGAGGGUUAGCUACCACCCUGUAACCUCCCUACCAGGUAAUAAGCAGACUUAACUAAAUUUUUAUUAGAAAGCAAGCACAAAAUAAAAUUCAAAACAACCUUUACCUUCA